UAUUGGACGAUCAGACACUAUGAGUACCCCUCCCACAAAGUUCCGCCUCUUUUUAAACCUCCCGCCAAGCUUCGCGCUCACAUCUGGGAGCUGACCAUCGAGCCCCGCAUCGUCGAGGUACGCGAGUGCAUUCAUGGACAAGGUCCCAUCAACGUCAGGAGACCUGGGUCAGGAGCGCAGACAUUGCAAACCUGUCAUGAGGCCCGCGUGCACCAGACUAAACAUGCCGAUGAUGAAUAUCGCUAUGGAAAGACCUUAGGGGGCGACCCCGGGCGGGAGCGUUAUGUCUGGUUCAACUUCGGUAGUGAUAUGCUCUCGAUUGGGGACAUAGAUUUACAAGAGUUCCUAGCUGUAGAUUACCAGAUAUGCCGGCUGCGGCUUAGGCGCAACCUCGACGACGAAUACCUUUCUCGCAUUGAGUCAAUUUCAAUUGACAGACGGUUCAUGAAUAUUGUCGAGAUUCAUCUGAUCCUUUUUUUGGGGGCAUUAGGUCAGGCUACUUAA